AGGCCUGGUUCUGUUGUUCCUACUGGCUUAUUUCAAGGAAUUAAAACUGUUAACCCAACGUUUCGAGGCUACUCUCAACAGGACGCACAAGAAUUUUUGCGGUGUCUGAUGGAUUUGCUUCAUGAAGAACUUAAAGAACCAGUCGUAGAACUGGAAGAUGCCCAGCCUAUGGGUGUUGAAGAGAGUAUGGAGGAAGACAAGAGCCAGUCAGAUGUGGGCUUCCAGCCCUGUGACUCCUGUGGUACCUGUGAGAAAACAGAAAACGAUGCUAUUUUCAAACCUGUCCUAGAGGAUCCUGCAGAGACAACCAUGUUAAUUCAGGAUGACGAUAACAACUCGAUCACAUCCAAAGACUGGCAGAAAGAAAAAAUAUCAAAUAACAAGCUUAAACGAGCAAAUUCUGUGGAAGACUUGGAAAAAGACACAAACACUGCUUCAGAGACCACUGAAUUUUUAAAUAAUCAAGGAACUGUCAAAGUACAGAUACACAGCAGAUUCUCAGAGUACAUCAAUGAUGUCCACAUGAAUGAUAUAUCUGCAGCCCAAACCCCAUCAUCAAAUGAAGGGAUGAACUCACGCUUAUCAACCAGUCCUCCAAAAUCGUUCUCAUCCUGCUCUUCGCUGGCACCAGUCCACAAAAAAGUUUCGACUGUAUCGUCGCCAAAAAGAAAGAAGCGCAAGAAGUACAGGAGUGUUAUCUCUGAUAUAUUUGAUGGGACUAUAAUAAGCUCAGUACAGUGCUUGACUUGUGAUCGGCUCUCUGUAACCCUGGAGACCUUUCAGGAUCUGUCCUUGCCUAUUCCAGGUAAGGAAGAUCUUGCUAAACUCCAUUCUGCAAGUCAUCAGACAUCUCUAGUCAAGGCAGGAUCAUGUGGAGAAGCCUAUGCCCCCCAGGGAUGGAUAGCUUUUUUUAUGGAAUAUUUCAAAAGGUUUGUUGUCUCAUGUGUUCCUAGCUGGUUUUGGGGUCCAGUUGUAACCUUACAAGAUUGUCUUGCUGCCUUUUUCGCCAGAGAUGAGCUCAAGGGUGAUAACAUGUACAGCUGCGGAAGGUGUAAAAAGUUAAGAAAUGGAGUGAAAUUCUGCAAAGUGCAAAAAUUUCCUGAGAUAUUGUGCAUUCAUCUCAAAAGAUUUAGACAUGAACUUAUGUUUUCCACAAAAAUUGGGACCCAUGUGUCCUUUCCCUUGGAAGGCCUUGAUCUUCAGCCUUUCCUUGCGAAGGACAGCCCAGCUCAAAUAGUGACUUACGAUCUCCUGUCGGUCAUCUGCCAUCAUGGAACUGCCAGCAGUGGACAUUACAUAGCUUAUUGUCGCAACAAUUUAAAUAAUCUGUGGUAUGAAUUUGAUGACCAGAGUGUCACAGAAGUAUCAGAAUCCACAGUGCAAAAUGCAGAAGCCUAUGUUCUCUUCUACAGAAAGAGCAGUGAAGAAGCACAGAGAGAGAGACGGAGAAUAUCAGGUCUGCUGAAUAUGAUGGAACCAAGCCUUCUGCAGUUCUAUGUUUCCAGACAGUGGUUAAAUAAAUUCAAGACUUUUGCAGAGCCAGGACCAAUUUCAAAUAAUGACUUUCUCUGUAUGCAUGGAGGUGUUCCUCCACACAAAGCUAAUUUUGUAGAGGACCUAGUUGUAAUGCUACCUCAAAAUAUAUGGGAUAAUCUGUAUAGCAG